AUGGCCAAAGUGUCGGUGCUGAACGUAGCGGUGCUGGAGAAUCCGAGCCCUUUCCACAGCCCCUUCCGGUUCGAGAUCAGCUUCGAGUGCAAUGAGGCUCUGGCGGACGACCUAGAGUGGAAGAUCAUUUAUGUUGGCUCAGCUGAGAGUGAGGAGUUUGAUCAAAUCCUAGACUCGGUGCUGGUCGGCCCUGUCCCAGCAGGGAGACACAUGUUCGUAUUUCAGGCCGAUGCCCCCAACCCAUCCCUCAUCCCUGAGAGCGAUGCCAUCGGUGUGACAGUGGUCCUCAUCACCUGCACCUACCGUGGACAGGAGUUCAUCCGAGUGGGCUACUACGUCAACAAUGAGUACCCUGACCCAGAGCUGCGGGAGAACCCACCCCCAAAGCCAGACUUCUCUCAGCUCCAACGGAACAUCUUGGCCUCGAAUCCCCGGGUGACCCGUUUCCACAUCAACUGGGACAACAACACAGAUACGCUGGAGGCCAUAGAGAACCAGGACCCUGCCCUAAGCUGCAGCCCCCCCAUCAACUGCACCCCUGUCAAGGGCUUGGGGCACCCUGGCUGUGUCCCUGGCCUCCUCCCCGAGAACUCCAUGGACUGCAUCUAACUGAGGGACUCUAGGCCUUUCUUGGGCCCAGCCAGUACUACAC